GCAUGAAAGUGUAAAUAAGUUAGAAAACUUAGGGGUAUUUUUAAGGGAAAUUUGCCAAUAUGGAACUAAAUCUCUAAAGUAUUGUCCCCUUAGAACUAAAUUCUCUAACCUUGUCCGUAUAGAAUUAAUUCUUGUCCCCUUAGAACUAAUACUUUGUGAAUCUACUGUUUUGUCAUUUUCUUUAUAAUAUAAUUAAUAAAAUUUUAAAAACUAUAUGAAUUAAAAAGGAAAUACUUAAUUAAAUAAAAAUAGGGCAAUUUUUUCCCAACUCUCGGUCCCGUUCUCUCCGACUCUCUUUCCCAAUCGAGAGACGAUUUCUUUCUCGCCGGCGACACUUUCCGCCUCUGAGAUUCUUGGUUCGUCGGAGAGCUUCAACGAGGAGUCACAUCGCUUCUCCCUCCUCCUUCUUGCGUAUUUCCUCUGUUAGUGCCACCGGUUAGAUUAUCGUUCUUAUCUCCGCCGCCGCCGCCGAUCGAAGCUGCUCAAGCUCGGGAGUAGCUUCUCCUCCCCGAUUAAGGACGAUUAGUUUCACAGUUGUUUUCUUUUGCUCUUCCUUCAUCUCGGUUCUGACAAUUUGAAGGUUAGGCUUUGAAAUCCCCUUUACGAUUUUGCUUUUUUUUUGUUUGUUCUUUAUGUUUAUUUGCAUGUACUACAAAUUGUACUAGAUAGAUAGUUAGUUUAAAACACAAAUCGAAACAAGUUUAUGGUUUUCAGAGGCGGAAUGUGGUUGAGUGGGGUGUGAGAUUGGCUUGUUGUUGAGGUGAUUUUGAGUUCUAGUUUGUUUGGUAUCGGCUUUAUUAAGGUUUAGAAUUCAUAAUAGACUUGAAAAAGCUAAUGACUUUGACAUGCUUUAGACAUCGAUUUUACAUACUUGUUUUGGGAUCGAGUUUGUUAUUUGAAUUGAAUUUGUCGAUAGUGUGUAAUCUUUUGUUAUUCAUUUGGUGCGUAGCUUUGACUCUGUUUUAUUUUAGAGGUAAACACAUUUGCUAGUUGAUUAUAUUUUGUUUCGAUUUGUGUUUCUAAGUAGUUUUGAAUUGUAAAAAACUAGUUAAAUGUGAGAUGGUUAUAUUUGGUUCGCUGUUAACUUAUGGAAUUCAUGUUUUUUAGGAAUGGCUCACCAGUUUCCUAAACGCAUUCUUCAAGAAGGUGCUGAGACGUAGAUGGAUAAGAUUAACAACACAUGUAGAAGGACGCUUCUGAAGGCGGUAAAGGUGGCUCUGAAAGAUGAGUAUGAGGAAGUUUUGAAAGACCCUGUCUUCGUGCCUCUUCUGGCGAUCAUAGAGAACAACCUCAUCUACUCAGGGAAGAUUAUUCACAGCUUCAUGUGCAAGCAGCUCAGGGUUUCCAAGCUUCACGAGCUGUGGUUUAUUUUUGCGAAGAGGCCUCUUAGGUUUUCUAUGCAAGAAUUUUAUGCUGUGACUGGAUUGAAGUACAAAAAGGAACCCGACGUAGACUUCAUUAACUGGAAGAAUGAUAAGGGGUUCUGGGCUAAUGCGCUGAAGACCAAUGCAAAGAUCAACUUAUAUACUAUAAGGGAUGAGCUCCUUAAGGUGUGUAACGAGUGGUCGUAUGUGGACAGAGUGAGGUUAGUAUAUCCCUCAAGAAUACAUCCGCUUGGUGAUGGAUUUUGAGAAAUUGAGGAUGUAUCCUUGGGGUCUUCGCGCUUAUGAUGAGCUGAUUGCAUCAAUACUCAGAGCAAGAGAAGAUGUGCAUACGAAGAACAGCUACAUGUUGGAUGGAUUCUCAUAUGCGUUUCAGAUAUGGAUUAUGGAGGCAAUUCCAGACAUUGGUUCUAUGGUGGGUAAAAAAAUAAAAAAAUACGUGAAGAAAAUGAGAUGUAGGAAUUGGAAAGGUAGUGGUAAAGUAUCCUACCAAGAUAUCACCAGCCUAGAGUCCCACUUUGAUAAGGGAGAGCUGUUCACAUUUAUAUCAUCUACUGGUGAUUUCGAUGUGAUUGCUGAUACUGAGUUCCUUAGGGAAGAUGAAAAGAAGGACGAAAGAGUUGGUCGUAUUGUUGAAUUGAUCAAUGCGAAACAAGACUGGACGCAUUUCGAUUGGGAAGUUGAGUCUUUGCCUGCACAUAUGGACCUUUCUGAUUCAGAACAAGAUGAACCGGCUGAUGUUGCAGAAGAACCGUCAGCUGUUGCAGAGGAACCGACUGUAGUUGCAGGGGAACCGGCUGUUACUGCGAAAAGAGGCAAGCGCAAGCUAAUUGAUCCUGGUGCCGAGUCUCGAAAGAAACAACUGCUUUGUCAACGUGCGGCUGAACACAACAGUGGUGUCUCUAGUGAAAUGAAGACCUUCAUUGAAGGUUUGUUCACCGCUUCUUUCAACUCUUUUAAGGAAGUGGUGCAGAAGGACAUACAUGAGCGUUUUGACAACGUUGCCAAUGAGGUGGCUCAACUCAAGGAACAAGUCUCUCAGCUUAAGGGUCUAUCGAAACAGUGGGAAAAGGCAACACAUCUGAGAUUCUCUCUCCUUCAGCAACAAUUGGAAAAGACCAAGGACCAUCAUCUCAUAGUACGGGUCCUCCCGCAGCAAAGGGAAAAGGCAAGGCAUCUGCAAAUGUGGAUCCUCCUCCGGUUCGUCGUAGCCCUCGGCCAGUAAGAGAGGUAACCAAAAAAUGAAGCUCUGUGUAUUUUGCUAUGUCGACUCUUUUGAUGUAAUGUCCUUGUAUUGUAAUAUGUAAUAUAUCGGCUUGUAUGAACUAAUGAUGAUGACUUGUGGGAUUGACUAUUUUGUAAUGUACUUUUCUAUAUUUUGCUA